AUGGCUACUGCAAUAAAGGACAAUGAACCACGUCGCCGGUCUAUCUCUGUGUUUUCCAAUGCUCGUGGCAGCGUCACAUCGUCGACCGACCCGCUAAAGAGACGAUCAUUUUCUGUAAAUAGGAAAUCCUUUUCCUUAACUGGAGGAUAUACCACCACCAACACCGAAAAUAGCAGAGAUAAUGCCUUGGAUAGUAUAGAAAACAAGAAGAUGCGUUCAAAUAGUACAAGGGGGAAGCAAAAUAAGAGGUUUUUUUCAUCUCCACAAUUCUCCUCCUCUACUCCUAAUCUAAUUGGAAAUGAAACCACCACCAAAUACAUCGAUUCGGAGCUGAAUUUAGCUCACAAGUCGAUCUUUGUUGGUGACACCGAGCUUACGAUACCUACCGUGGUCUAUAAAUGUUGUGAUUUCCUCAAAUAUACAGCACCGGUGGAAGGUCUAUUUAGAAUGAAUGGAUCCAUCAAACAAAUCAACCAAAUAGAGAUGGAUUUAUACAGAAACAUAGAAUCAUAUGUUUUCACUAUCAACGACGAAAACACAAAUGGCCUUCAUUCGUCCCCAAAUACAAACGUAUCCACAGCACAUGACAUUGCCGUAGUCCUGAAGAGAUGGAUAUCAAAAUUAGAUGAUGGGAUCAUAACGGCAGAUGUUUAUCAUGAGCUGGCACAUCUAAGCAAGGCUUCGUAUACACAUUUUGACGACGAGUUGAGCGAGGUUGAGCAUAAAGGCGAUGGAGAUAUGUCCGAUAAUGAGAGUCUGAUCGAUAUGGAUCGUCUCCUUGAGUCCCCCAUUAAGAAUACAGAAGGUAUACAGAGCGAACAUCCUAGUUCCUUUACAAGCUCUUCAAAAAUUUCAACAUUUACAUCACUUUAUUCAUUACCACUAUCAAAACUACCCAUUGAGAACCUUCACUUGACUCUCUAUUUGUUAGACUUUUUGAAUUUCAUGUCACAACCAUCGAUAUCCUCAAUUACUAAAAUGAACGAUUCCAAUUUGGCAAAAGUUUUCCAGUUGAAUUUUUUCAAAAGUGUAGAUCUAAUAGUUGGUACAAAGAGUUUCAGCACAGAAGAUCUAAAGUCAUCCUAUCAUACAAACGAAGAGCUACUAAAAGCUUUGAUCAAAGAUUCUGGAACUAUUAUUAAAGACCUGGCUACCUUUAUAAAGGAAAAUGAUUAUCAAAUACAGCAUAUACUAAAAUCUCAUUCAGCAUCCCACGCAAGUAAAAGGACGCCAAAUACUACAUAUGUUCUCUCCCAGCAGUUGAAUAAUUCCCAAUCUUCCUUUACAAGUAAAGGGACCCCCCUCUACUCCCAAGGAAACCAUUCAUUUGAUCACAUCUCCUCGUACCCAAGACAAAGGGAUUUGAGCACGUACCUCGAAACUUGCGUUGAGAGAAGCAUACCGUCGACACCAUUGGCAAAUGAUCGUCCACGUUCGGAUGUGUUCGGCGAAUAUCCCGAAGGUGUUCCUGAUUUCCUUAAUGAUCCAACGUCGCAAAAGACCCAUACAUUACCUGCUCCUGAAGAAGAGAAAAACAAGGAGAUUGUUGUAAUGAAGAGGCAGAAUCCAAAGCGAAGGAGUAUAUUUGGGAUAUUCAAUAAGAGGAAAUCGUCUCUGGGUAUGGAACUUGAACAGAACUCAGGUUAUCAACAGCAUCAGCAACCUCUACAACAUCAUGAAAAUUCCAAUCACGAUCAUCAUCAUCGUCCUGCCUCCUCUCGUAAAAAAUCGCAUGAUAUCCUGAAAGCACACCCAAAUUCCACGUCGAAUUCAUUGGCCGUUCUAGCUGAACCAGUCAACCACCAUACAAGGAAUGUCGAUGUAGGAACCGCUAAACAAACCUUGAGCGCACAGAGCAGUCGUAACCACAACCCUAUCAAAGAAAACGCCAACACCAAGACGGAAGAAACGAGGAGACAGCACAAGUUCGACUCAAGUACAACUAAUGAGAACCCAAAGAUUGCUAGAAAUCCCGCAACUAGGAAACAUACAGAUGAUACAAACAAUGUCUCAGGGGCACCUACUACAUCAACGCCGUCACAUAAGCGAUUCUCCUUGUUCAAGUUUAUGAAAUCCCAGUAA